AAAUUCGAAAUAAAAUUACAAAUGUAAAAUCUGACGUCACUUCUAACUUUCAGUAAAAUCAAAAGAACGGAAUGUAAAGAAAAUAAAAAAUCUCUCAGACCAAUUUUAUUUGAAAUAAGAGCGUAUUUUGUGACUAAUUCUCAAACGAGUAAUAAUGGCAGAUCCAAAGUACGAGAAUCUUCCUGGAAUUGCCUACGAUCAGCCUGAUGUGUAUGAAACAGUUGAUUUGCCGGAAGCUGAUCAACAAGAGCCGUAUGAGGAAGAAGACAAUGAGUGCAUUGAGCAGUUACAUCUCUCUGUAAAGGACUCUUUCAAUAAGUUUAAAGGAAAGUUUCUAACUGGAAAUGUUGACUUCUCUGAUCGAUUAAGCAGAAAAAGUAGAAUAGGAUACAGAUCUGGUGACUGGGAGUUGGCUGCCUUGGGCGAACCAGAGACAUCAUUAGAGAGGUAUAAUCGGCUCCGAUGCGAGUUUUCUGAUCUUCUUAAGCAAGUUACUGAACAGCAGAAUAAAGCCUGUGAAAGUGAGAAGGAUGAGCAUUCAAAGUUAGCUGCACAAAUAACAACAACAAAGAAAUUAUUAGAAGAACUCAAACUAGAGGAAGGAGAACAAGUAGAUCCUAAAGCUGAGAAAUUUAAAGAAUAUUUGUCAAAGAAUGGAAAAAAGAAGAAUGGUGAAAUGGUGACUGCACAUCUGAAACUGAAACCUGAUGUCAAUUUAGCACAGACAACAAGAAUAGCUCAACUAGAACACAGGCUACAUAAGUUGGAACAAGUAGCUGGUGUAAGAGAUGAAGAAGCAUUCCAAAGGCUUCAGACGGUUACUGGAGAGGCGACACUAUGCGGCGCUGCAGCGUCGUUAGCAAAUCAAGCCAACCUUUUGCGUCCCGCGGAAGUUGCUGCGGCCGAAGCAAGAGUUACCUCACUAUUGUCUAAUGUGGAGGCUCUUAAAGCAGCUUGUAAGCCACCAGAGCCCGAACUUCAGUCAAAGGUUGAUGAGUUACACAAACUAUUGAAACAAAUAGACGGUAUCUCGCACUCCGAAAUAUUGGAACGAAUGGAGGCCCUUGAAGCUUUACAUAAUCAAGCAAGCAACUUUGGCAAAUCACUCACAGAGCUGGAAACUCUACAGAGUACCAUAGCAAUUGGUGCCCAAAAUAAUAAACAGCUUCUUCAAGGUGUACAAGAAGUUUUUGCACAUAACAUCGACAGUCUGCAAAAGGAAAUCAAGAAACUGGAUGAAAGGAUUGGCAAACUCUCAGUGUGAUAGACGUGGCCAUAGACGAUAUAAAUUACGAGCUUGAUAUUGUAUUUGGUUCUAUCAAAAAUUGUAUAUUUCUAUAUGACAACUAAUAAUUAGAUACAUAAUUAUGUUGCCUCUACCUGUAGCUCUAUCAAGCGUUGUAAUAUAGUUAUAAACUCAGUGUAUAAUUACACAUACUAAUAUGAAAUAGCGGUUUUCUAACUAAAUUUUUCAUACAAGAUAUUUUACAUAAAACUUUGUCAAAUAAAAGAUAGAGCUUCUUUUAGUGAAGGCAGAUAUAUUUUUGCGAGUUGCAAUAAAAAAAAUGAAUUUAUGAUUACCAUUUUGCAUGCAGCAAAAUGAUUAUUUUAUUUCUAAAAGCUUUUAUUAUUAAAAUUCAUUCCAAUUCUAUAAUACUCGACAUAGUCUUGCUUCGUUGUAAUUUCAACCUUAAUGCAUUAUUCACAAGCUUAACAUUGGCAUAGAAGUCUGCUGUUUAAAAUCAUUAGAAUUAAGUUUAGACUGCUUAUUGGAAUAAAUAAUUUAUUUAAAACCAUUAUAAAGAAAUUAUUACAUGAC